GGGGGAGGUUGAUCUCCCGUGAUAAGCCGCGGCUCGGCGCGGCCAGCAACCUGUAGGUGCCCGCCUGCCCCGUCGCGCUUGCCAUGCGGCUUCAGUUCGCCCCGCUCCGUCUGCCGCUCCGGCGGCGCCUCCAAACGGCCGCCGUCCUGCAGUGGGUCUUCUCCUUCCUGGCGCUGGCCCAGUGCUGCCUGGCGCUGUACCUGCUGCUGCUGCUGGGGGAAGGCUGGCUGCUCGCGCUCGGCUACGCGGCCUGGCUGUACCUGGACUGGGAGACGCCGUCUCGCGGGGGGCGCCGCUCCGCCUGGGUGCGCGGCUGGGGCGUCUGGCGGUACUUCCGGGACUAUUUCCCCAUCACGCUGGUGAAGACGUCAGAGCUGGACCCCUCCUGCAAUUACCUAUUCGGCUUCCACCCCCAUGGGGUCCUGGUGGCCGGUGCCUUCGGGAACUUCUGCACGGAGGCUACGGGGUUCUCCCAGCUCUUCCCAGGACUCACCCCCCACCUCCUGAUGCUGCCCUUCUGGUUCAAGGUUCCCUUCUUCCGAGACUACCUCAUGAGUGGGGGACUGGUCUCUUCAGAAAAGGCCAGCAUGUCCUACCUCCUCAGCCAUGAAGGGGGUGGGCAAGUGGCUGUCGUUGCCGUGGGGGGCCCGCCCGAGUCGCUGGAUGCUCACCCGGGGGCCCUGACCCUGCAGCUGCGCAACCGCAAAGGCUUCAUCAAGAUGGCCCUGCGGCACGGAGUGGCCUUGGUCCCGGUUUUCUCCUUCGGGGAGAACGAGCUCUUCCACCAAGUGCCCAACCCCCAGGGGUCCUUCAUCCGCACACUGCAGGAAUGGCUUCAGAAGGUCAUGGGGCUGGCCCUGCCCCUCUUCCAUGCUCGAGGUGUUUUCCAGUACAACUUUGGCCUGCUGCCCUUCCGGAGACCCAUCUACACCGUCGUGGGAGCUCCGAUUCUGGUGCCCAGGACACCCCAUCCGUCACGGGAAGCCAUCGACAAGCUGCACGAGACCUACCUGGAGAAGCUCACCCAGCUCUUUGAGGAGCACAAGACCCAGUAUGGGCUGCCCCAGGACAAGCACCUGACGCUGACCUAGGAGGGUGGGAACAGAGGGCAGCCCAGACAGCGAGGAUGCACCUUGGCUGGGCAAAAGGACCGCACAGGAGCAGGAGGGCCUGGCACACUCUCUUGGGACGGCUUUCGCCAGACAUGUUCUGGGCACAUUGGAUUAAAGCUGCUGUCACUCUGAGCCAGCGUGAGAGUUGUGUCCGGCCUGCCAGGCAAGCCUCUGUGGAGGAUGCCAGGAAUAGCUCGCAGCCGUGUGGAGCUGGGCAGACACCGGUGCUGAUCCCAAAGCAGCUGGGGGCGGGCAAGGGCCUGCCUUAACGGCAGCUUUGCACUGGGGACUCUUCGGGCAGGGGGAGGGGUGGUAAGAAAGAUUCCUGGGCUGUGCUCCCCCUGCUGCAUAAACAACCCUGCCGUGCCAGGUACAAAACUGUGACACUUCAUUUGGGAAGAAAUGAAG